UUUCGGGAGGUAAAGCCAAAAACUCAUGAGAAAGGGAAAUGAAGAAUUUUUUGUUUUUUUUGCAAGCAAUAGGGAGAUCAAUCAGUAACAUCUGGACGGUCGGAAAUUUCAAUUGCUCGAAUCAACGGCUACAGUGGAGUUUGACCGGCAAGUAUAAAGCUCAGGAACUGUCCAUAAUUUCAUAUUAGUUUUUAGUUCUCAAAGACAGGAAGGGAAGGAAACCGCCUCUUUCAUAUCAGUCUUGUUGCUCUCUCUGUUCGCUGGGGGUGAUACAUACAAGGGCUUCGAUUUCUUGUUCAUACUAUUUCCAUAAAUCUUUCGUUAUUCCAUGGCUCUAUUCGGACGCCAAUCGUCGCUUUCUCGUCGCUUGAUUUGGAAUUAAGAGGGGAACAAUCUUGUUGUAAUAAGGAUUCAUUCCCAUUUCAAUCAUGUUCGAAGCUCACGUUUUGCAUUUGCUCAGAAGAUAUCUGGGGGAAUAUGUCCAAGGACUAUCUUUAGAAGCUUUAAGAAUAAGUGUCUGGAAAGGUGAUGUUGUCCUCAAAGAUUUGAAAUUAAAGACUGAGGCACUCAAUUCACUUAGGCUUCCAGUCACCGUCAAAGCUGGUUUUGUUGGCACUAUAACAUUAAAGGUUCCUUGGAAAAGUUUAGGCAAGGAGCCAGUUAUUGUUCUCAUUGAUCGAGUUUUUGUUCUUGCGCACCCUGCACUUGAUGGUCAGACUUUGAAGGAAGAGGAUAGGGAAAAACUUUUUGAAGCUAAGCUUCAACAGAUUGAGGAAGCAGAAUCUGCAACUCUUGAAGCCAUCUCAAGGUCAAAGCUUGGAAAUCCACCUGGUGGAACUUCAUGGCUUGGUUCUCUAAUUUCUACAAUAAUUGGGAACCUUAAGAUUUCAAUUAGCAAUGUACAUAUCAGAUAUGAAGAUUCUGUCAGCAAUCCAGGAUAUCCAUUCUGCACUGGUGUUACUUUAGCCAAGCUUGCUGCAGUUACCAUGGAUGAGCAGGGGAAUGAAACAUUUGAUACAAGUGGCGCUCUUGAUAAACUUCGCAAGUUAGUGCAACUUGAUAGGCUUGCCAUGUAUCAUGAUUCAAAUACCUUGCCAUGGAGUUUGGACAAAAAGUGGGAGGAUCUUAAUCCCAAGGAAUGGAUUGAGGUAUUUGAGGAUGGUAUAAAUGAACCCACUACUGACCAUGGAUUGGGGCAUAAAUGGGCUGUGAAUCGAAAUUACUUGGUUUCACCGAUUAAUGGAAUUUUGAAAUAUCAUCGUCUUGGAAAUCUAGAAAGAAAUGAUCCUGAGAUUCCAUAUGAAAAAGCUUCCUUAGUUUUGGGUGACGUGUCUUUGACAAUAACGGAGGCUCAAUACCACGAUUGGAUAAAGCUUUUGGAAGUUGUUUCAAGGUAUAAGACAUAUGUCGAAGUUUCCCAUUUGAGACCGAUGGUUCCUGUUUUGGUUGCUCCUAAUCUGUGGUGGCGCUAUGCUGUUCAAGCAUGCCUGCAGCAGAAGAAAAUGUGCUAUCGGUUUUCUUGGGAGCGAAUACGGCAACUUUGUCAACUUCGUAGACGCUAUAUUCAGCUAUAUGCUGGUUCAUUGCAACGAAUGUCAAAUACUAGUAACAACGAGAUUAGAGAAAUUGAGAAGGAUCUCGAUUCCAAAGUGAUACUUUUAUGGAGGUUACUUGCUCAUGCGAAGAUUGAAUCUGUGAAAUCAAAAGAAGCAGCUGAACAGAAAAAAUUGAAAAAGAGCAGCUGGUUUUCAUUUCGAUGGCGUGCGAACUCUGAAGACACUUCUGAUGGGGAUGCUUCGGAGGGAUCACAUCUAAGUGUAGAGCAAUUGACUAAAGAGGAAUGGCAGGCAAUUAAUAAGUUGCUGAGUUACCAACAAGAUGAGGACACACCAUCACAUUCUGGGAAGGAUGGGCAGAACAUGGUACAGUUUUUGUUUACAGUAUCGAUUAAUCAGGCUGCUGCAAGAAUCGUUAACAUUAAUCAGACUGAGAUUGUUUGCGGAAGAUUUGAGCAACUUUCAGUGUCAACCAAGUUAAAACAACGCAGCACAUACUGUGAUGUGUUGCUGAAAUUUUAUGGUUUAUCUGCUCCAGAAGGUUCACUUGCUCAGAGUGUCUCUAGCGAGCAAAAGGCAAAUGCAUUGGCUGCUAGCUUUAUACACAUGCCAGUUGGGGAAAAUAUUGACUGGAGACUAUCUGCGACUAUUUCUCCAUGCUAUGUGACGAUUUUUAUGGACAGCUGUGAUCGUUUUUUAGAGUUUUUGAGGAGGAGUAAUGAAGUUAGCCCCACUGUUGCUCUGGAAACCGCAGCAGCUUUGCAGGUAAAAUUUGAGAAAGUGACUCGUAGAGCGCAAGAGCAAUUUCAAACUGCAUUAGAGGAACAGAGCAGAUUUGCUUUAGAUAUUGAUCUUGAUGCCCCAAAAGUUAGAGUUCCUAUCAGAUCAUGCGCCUCUUCCAAAUGUGAUAGUCAUUUUCUUUUGGAUUUUGGUCAUUUUAUGCUGCGAACCAUGGGUUCCCAGUCUGAUGAACGAAGACAUAGUUUGUAUUCUCGGUUUUUUAUAUCUGGAAGAGAUAUUGCUGCAUUGUUCAGGGAUUGUGGUCCUGAAUGCCAGAAAUGCUCAGAUUAUAGUAAUCAACCGAUUGUUUCUCCUUUACUAAAGGAGGAAUCUCACAACGUUUAUCCUCUUCUUGAUCAGUGUGGAAUGGCGGUAAUAGUAGAUCAGAUAAAGGUACCUCACCCAAGUUAUCCAUCUACACGAGUCUCUAUUCAAGUGCCUAACCUUGGAAUUCACAUUUCACCGGCAAGAUAUUGCAAACUCAUGGAAUUAUUAAAUACUAUCUAUGGUAAAAUGGAGACUUAUAGUCAACCCUCGGAUACAGGUGGUAAUUUUCAACCUGUACUUCCUCCAUGGGGUCUUGUGGAUCUCACAGCUGAUGCCAGAAUCCUAGUGUGGAGGGGUAUAGGCAAUUCUGUGGCUCAAUGGAAGCCUUGUUAUAUUGUGCUAUCAGGCUUGUAUAUAUAUGUUUUGGAAUCGGGGAAGUCCCAGAUUUACCAACGCUAUUUGAGUGUUGCCGGCAAGCAAGUCCAUGAAGUUCCAUCAACAAGUGUGGGUGGAUCGUUGUUUUGUGUUGCGCUGAGUUCUAGAGGCAUGGACAUUCAGAAGGCUUUGGAAUCUUCAAGUACCUGGGUGAUAGAAUUUCAGAAUGAAGAGGAGAAGAGCUUGUGGACAAAAAGACUUCUACAAGCGACAUAUCUAGCAUCUGCUCCAGCAUCGAUAGAUAUACUAGGUGAAACGGGUGAUGAGGCAUCUCAAAUCAUCGAGCGUCAUACACCUAAUAUGAAAGCAGCGAAUCUUGUUAUAAAUGGAUCAUUGAUGGAAGCAAAGCUAUUGAUAUACGGGAAGACUGGAGAUGACGUUGAUAAUAAACUCCAUGAGAUUCUGAUUCUUGAGCUUCUUGCUUCCGGAGGAAAGGUCCAUAUAAUUCUUGGUGAUGAUGAUCUUUCAGUCAAAACGAAACUGCAUUCAUUGCAUAUUAAGGAUGAACUUCAAGGCCACUUAUCAACAAAUUCACAGUAUUUAGCACGCUCUGUGCUAUCAAAUGAGAGAUUAUCUUCUUCUCCUGGAACAUUUGAUCCUAAUGGGAUACAACCGGCUACUGCAAUCAUUGAAGAGGAUGAUAGUUUUAAGGAUGCAUUGCCUGAUUUUUUGUCUCUAUCUGAUGUUGGCAGUUACGAGUCCUCUGGACGUGAAUCUGCUGAGACCAUAUUUAAUGAAAAUGAUAUAGGAAAAGGAAAGGGCAUAUCCAGUGACAUAUUUUAUGAGGCAGAGGACAGUGAAGAUUCUAACUUUGUGGCUGUAACCUUCCUGACGAGGGGCUCGGAUUCACCUGAUUACGAUGGUAUAGACACACAGAUGAGUAUUCGCAUGUCAAAAAUGGAAUUCUACUGCAACAGACCUACUCUUGUUGCGUUAAUUGGUUUUGGUUUGGAUAUAAGUUCCUCAAAUUAUGUGGAAGCUAACACAGACUUGCCCAGCUCUUUGGAAGAUAAGCCUGUUAUGGAUAAAGAAAAGGCAGAAGAAAAAGGUCGUGUAAAAGGAUUGCUAGGAUAUGGAAAAAGUCGUGUCGUAUUCUACUUAAACAUGAAUGUUGACAGUGUUUCUAUCUAUCUAAAUAUGGAGGAUGGAUCUCAGCUUGCAAUGCUCGUGCAGGAGAGCUUUUUGCUCGACCUUAAGGUCCAUCCAAGCUCUCUUUCAAUUGAAGGAACUUUGGGGAAUUUCAGACUUUGUGAUAUGUCUUUAGGAGAAGAUCAUUGCUGGGGUUGGCUUUGUGAUAUACGAAAUCCUGGUGUUGAAUCACUUAUUAAGUUCAAAUUUCAUUCCUAUUGUGCUGACGAUGAUGACUACAAAGGAUAUGAUUACAGUUUACACGGCCGACUUUCUGCCGUCCGCAUAGUUUUCCUUUAUAGAUUUGUUCAAGAGAUUACAGUUUACUUCAUGGGACUAGCUACUCCACAUACCGAAGAAGCUGUUAAACUUGUUGAUAAAGUUGGAGAUUUCGAGUGGUUGAUCCAAAAGUAUGAAAUUGAUGGGGCUGCUGCAUUGAAGCUAGACCUAUCACUAGAUACACCUAUUAUUAUUGUUCCCAAGAAUUCAAAUAGCAAAGAUUUCAUUCAACUUGACUUGGGACAGUUACAAGUAACAAAUGAAUUCAGCUGGCAUGGAUGUCCAGAAAAAGAUGCUUCUGCCGUUCAUAUUGAUGUUCUACAUGCUGAGAUUCUGGGUGUGAACAUGUUGGUAGGGAUUAAUGGUUGUAUAGGUAAACCAAUGAUUCAGGAAGGCCAAGGACUCGAGGUUUAUGUCCGACGAAGCUUAAGGGAUGUUUUCCGAAAAGUUCCAACAUUCUCACUUGAAGUUGUGGUGGGUUUGUUGCACGGCAUGAUGUCUGACAAGGAAUACAAAGUUAUCGUUGACUGUUUAUAUAUGAACUUGUAUGAACAGCCAGUACUUCCUCCAAGUUUCCGUGGGAAAAAAUCCGAGUCAGAGGAUACAAUGCGUCUGUUGGUUGACAAGGUCAAUACAAAUAGUCAAAUCUUACUGUCUCGGACUGUUACAAUAGUGUCCGUUGUUGUCAAUAAGGCCUUGUUAGAGCUGUGUAAUGGCAUUCAGGAAGAGUCACCUUUAGCUCUCAUAGCUAUAGAAGGGCUUUGGGUGUCAUAUCGUAUGACAUCAUUCCUAGAAACGGACCUCUAUUUAACCAUUCCUAAGUUUUCUAUUCUUGACAUUCGCCCUGUUACAAAGCCUGAAAUGCGGCUUAUGCUUGGGUCAUCAACUGACACUUCAAAACAAGCUCCUUUGGAGAAUUUUCCAUUCCUGAAGAAAAAUAGCUUUGGGAAUGCAUAUUCUGAAGGUAACCUUGAUAUGGAUAUCCCUGUUGCUACAAUGUUCGUAUUGGACUAUCGUUGGCGGAAGGAAUCCCAAUCAUUCGUUCUACGGGUUCAACAACCUCGGGUCCUUGUGGUACCAGAUUUUCUCCUUGCUGUGGUUGAGUUUUUCGUUCCUGCCUUGAGAACUAUUACUGGAAGAGAGGAAACAAUGGACCCCAAGAACGAUCCCAUUAGUAAAAACAACAGCAUAGUACUGUCUGGUUCAAUUCACAGGCAAAGUGAAGAUGUAAUUGUGCUGUCCCCAAGUAGGCAGCUGGUAGCAGAUGCCUUAGGUGUUGAUGAUUAUACAUAUGAUGGUUGUGGAAACACUAUUCGUCUAGUGGAAGAAACAGAUGGCAAAGGACCACACUCAGGGAGAUCUCAACCAAUUAUUGUUAUUGGCCGUUCUAAGAGGCUUCGUUUUGUUAAUGUGAAAAUUGAGAAUGGUUCUCUCUUGAGAAAGUAUACGUACCUGGGGAAUGAUAGCAGCUAUUCUGUGUCCAAAGAGGAUGAUGUUGAUAUUAUUCUGGAUACCCUUUCAUCUGAUAAAGAGGAGGAGAAUACUGCAUCCAUUCAUGAAACAUCAGACAUUUCAAAUAUUUCUUCAUCUUUGGAAAGUGAUCAAAGUACACUUCGUAGUUUCACCUUUGAAACUCAGGUGGUUUCUCCCGAAUUCACAUUCUAUGAUGGCACUAAGUCUUCUUUAGAUGACUUGUCGUAUGGCGAGAAACUUCUUCGAGCAAAAUUGGAUAUGAGUUUCAUGUAUGCAUCGAAAGAAAAUGAUACCUGGAUUCGUGCCCUUGUGAAGGAUUUCACCAUUGAGGCUGGUUCAGGACUAGUUAUUCUUGAUCCAGUUGAUGUUUCUGGGGGAUAUACAUCUGUAAAGGACAAAACCAAUAUGUCUCUCGUUACAACUGAUAUCUGCAUCCAUCUCUCAUUGAGUGCCAUUUCCCUCAUACUUAAUCUGCAAAGUCAAGCUGUUGAAGCAAUGAUGUUUGGAAAUGCUGUACCUCUUAUUGCCUGUACCAAUUUUGAUAAGCUCUGGGUGUCACCAAGAGAAAAUGGGUCCUCUCAUAACCUUACCUUCUGGCGUCCUCGAGCUCCAUCAAAUUAUGUUAUAUUAGGAGAUUGUGUGACUUCACGGCCAAUUCCUCCCGCACAGGCAGUAAUGGCUGUUAGUAAUACAUAUGGACGUGUGCGGAAGCCAACUGAUUUCCAUAAGAUAGGUGUAUUCUCCAGGAUUCAAGGAUUUGAAUUUGAUGAGAAAUCUGAUACUGAUUGUUCGAUUUGGAUGCCUGUUCCACCCCUUGGAUACACAGCAGUGGGUUGUGUUGUACAUGUUGGAAAUCAGCCACCACCAACCUAUGUUGUUUAUUGCAUACGUUCUGACCUUGUCUCUUCGACAACUUACUCAGAAUGUAUACUUAAUUCUCCAUCAAAUUCUUGGUAUGGAACAGGGUAUAGCAUCUGGCGUAUGGACAAUGUCAUUGGAUCAUUUAUUGGCCAUGCUUCAACCGACUGUCCAGAGAAAGACCAUGCUUGUGAUUUGAAUCAUCUUCUCAAGUGGAAUUCAAAUCCGGAUUACACUGCUUCCAAGGAACCUUCUUCAAAUACUGCUUCUGAUCAUGACACUGUAAGUCAUUCAAUUUCCCAGGGUGCAACUUCAUCGAGAUGGGACAUUCUAAGAUCUAUUUCGAAAGAAACUAAUUUUUACCUGUCAACUCCCAACUUUGAGAGAAUUUGGUGGGACAAGGGUAGUGAAGUUCGUUGUCCAAUUUCGAUAUGGAGACCUUUGGCACGCCGUGGUUAUGCUAUUUUAGGAGACUCCAUAACUGAAGGCUUAGAACCACCAGCUCUAGGGCUACUGUUCAAAGCUGACAACGCUGAAAUUUCAGCAAAACCUCUCCAAUUCACUAAAGUUGCUCACAUUUUUGGGAAAGGAUUUGAUGAAGCUUUCUUCUGGUACCCCAUUGCCCCUCCUGGUUAUGCUUCCUUUGGAUGUGUUGUUUCAAGAACAGAUGAAGCUCCUCGUCUUGAUUCUGUUUGCUGCCCAAGAAUGGAUCUUGUCAGUCAGGCCAAUAUUUUUGAGAUGCCCAUUUCAAGAUCUUCAAGUUCAAGGGGUUCUCAGUGCUGGAGCAUUUGGAAAGUUUCAAAUCAGGCAUGCACCUUCCUUGCCCGUGCUGAUCACAAAAUACCAUCUAGUCGAUUGGCGUACACUAUAGGUGGCUCUGCUAAACCAAAGACUCAUGAGAAUGUAACCGCUGAGAUGAAGAUUCGGUUUUUCUCUCUGACUGUUCUAGACAGCUUAUAUGGAAUGAUGAAACCACUUUUUGACACAACGGUGACAAAUAUAAAAUUGGCGACACAUGGUUCACUUGAAGCAAUGAAUGCAGUGCUGAUUUCUUCAAUUGCUGCAUCAACUUUUAACCCACAAUUAGAAGCAUGGGAGCCUCUUAUAGAACCAUUUGACGGCAUAUUUAAGUUUGAAACAUAUGAUACCAGUGUUGACCAGCCUCCAAAACUUGGAAAAAGAAUACGUGUUGCAGCCACCAGCAUAGUUAACAUUAAUUUCAGUGCAUCAAAUCUUGAAACUUUCAUUGGGGGCAUCCUUUCAUGGAGAAGACAGUUGGAACUUGAAGAACGAGCUCAAAAAUUGAAUGAGGAAGCUGUUGACUACCUUAAACGUGGAAAGGAUGCUACAUUCUCAGCAUUGGAUGAAGAUGACAUGCAAACUGCAGUUGUUGAAAAUAAACUUGGCUGUGAGAUUUAUUUGAAAAGAUGUGAGCAAAAUUCAGAUAUAGUUGAUAAACUAUCUCUUGGUGACUGCAUUUCAGUGUGGAUUCCACCUCCAAGGUUUUCAGACAGGUUAAAUGUAGCAGAUGAAUCUAGAGAACCACGUUCUUAUGUUGCAGUGCAGAUUAUUGAAGCAAAGGGUUUGCCUGUUACUGAUGAUGGUAAUAGUCAUAGCUUCUUCUGUGCUUUGAGGCUUGUCAUUGAAGGUCAGGUGCCAGGACAACAGAAACUUUUUCCUCAGAGUGCAAGGACAAAAUGUGUCAAACCCCUGAUUUUAGGAAAUAAUUUACUGGGUGAAGGCAUGGCAAAAUGGAAUGAACUUUUCAUUUUUGAAGUUCCUCGAAAGGGGUCCGCUAAGUUGGAAGUCGAGGUCACAAACCUUGCUGCCAAAGCUGGAAAAGGUGAAGUUGUUGGUGCUCUUUCCUUUUCUGUUGGACAUGGUUCAGGUGUGCUAAAGAAAGUUGCUUCUGUGAGGAUGGUGCAUCAGACAAAUGAUCUUCAUAAUAUUGUGCCGUAUACACUAAAGAAAAGACAGAACAAUCCUGAAGAUAUCGCCGACUCUGGAACCUUGCUGGUUUCUACUUCAUAUUUUGAGAGGAGGACAAUUGCAAAAUUUCAAAGGGAUGCAGGAAAUGAGAAUCUCAUUGAUAGAGACACUGGUUUUUGGGUUGGGCUUUCUGGAGAUGGAGAAUGGCAAAGUAUCCGUUCCCUACUUCCGUUAUCUACAGCUCCCAUAUUACUACAAGAUGACUACAUUGCUAUGGAUGUUGCCAUGAGGAAUGGAAAAAAGCAUGCAAUUUUUAGGGGGCUUGUGACAGUGGUAAAUGAUUCAGAUGUUAAAUUGGAUAUCUCCAUAUGCCAUGUAUCUUUAAUUCAAGGUCACAAUGCCUCUUUGGGAACUGGUAGUUUCGAUUUUGUGGUUGAAGAAACUUUUGAAAAUCAACGUUAUCAUCCAAAUUCUGGAUGGGGUGAUCACUUACUUGGCUUCCGUCAUGACGAUCCAGGACAUUGGAGUACAAGGGACUUUUUACGUUCAUCUAAGGAUUUCUCUGAACCACCCCUUCCCCCUGGAUGGCAGUGGACAACAACAUGGACUAUUGAUAAAACACAAUAUGUAGACAAUGAUGGCUGGGGAUAUGGUCCUGACUUUCAUUCUUUGAAGUGGCCUUUAACCUCUUUCAAGUCUUGUAAAAGUUCUUCUGAUGUUGUGCGCCGGAGGCGUUGGGUUCGUACAAGACAGAAAUUACCUGACCAAGGUGUAAAUUCUUUGAAGACUGAUUUAACUUCCAUAGAUCCUGGAGCUUCUGCUAGUUUACCAUGGAGAAGCACUUUAAAGGAUUCUGAUCAGUGUUUACUAGUUCGUCCUUCUACUGAUCAGCUCACGACUGAAUAUGCUUGGGGUCGUGCAGCUUUUGUUGGUUCUGUGUAUGCAUGUGGAAAAGAUCAGGCUUUUACUGAUCAGGGAUUGCUGGGUAAGCAGGCUUCUCCAAAGCAGGAAAAUAGAAUUUCCAAUCUUGCAUUCAAGUUGAAUCAGCUUGAGAAGAAGGAUAUGCUUUUUUGUUGUAAUUCUGGAAACAAACAAUUUUGGUUGAGUAUAGGCGCAGAUGCAUCAGUUCUCAAUACUGAACUAAAUGCUCCUGUUUAUGACUGGAAAAUUUCUAUAAACUCUCCGAUCAAAUUGGAAAAUAGACUUCCUUGUUCAGCAGAAUUUACUAUCUGGGAAAAAACUAGAGAUGGGAAAUGCAUUGAACGACAGAAUUGCAUAAUUUUUUCAAGAGGUAGUGAACAAGUAUAUUCAGCAGAUGCUCAGAAGCCUUUAUAUCUUACCUUAUUCGUUGAGGGUGGUUGGGCUUUGGAAAAGGAUCCCAUUCUUCUGCUAGAUCCCACGUCUAAUGACCCUAUCUCACCAUUCUGGAUGGUUCAUCAAAGAAGUAGAAGGAGACUCCGUUUGAGUGUUGAGAGAGUAAUGGGGGGGACUACUGCUGGCCCCAAAAUUAUAAGAUUUCAUGUUCCUUACUGGAUCAUUAAUGAUUCGUCUCUAUCUUUGGCUUAUCGAGUGGUGGAGUUGGAACCCCCUGAAAGUGUAGAUUCGGACUCCCUAGUGCUGUCAAGAGCUGUUAAGUCUGCAAAGUUGGCCUUGAGAAAUCCUAUAAACUCUCUGGACAGGAGACAUUCUAGUGUAAGAAGAAAUGCUCAAGUCCUUGAAGAAAUUGAGGACACAACUCCAGUUCCUAGCAUGCUUUCUCCCCAAGACUAUGCUGGUCGUAGUGGGGGAGUGCAGUUUACAUCUCAGAAAGACACACAUGUAUCACCUCGUGUUGGCAUUUCCAUUGCAAUGCGCAACUCUGACAUUUAUAGUGCCGGCAUUUCCCUCCUUGAGCUUGAAAACAAGGAACGUGUUGAUGUAAAAGCUUUCAGUUCUGAUGGAUCUUAUUACAAGCUUUCAACUCUUCUAAGCAUGACUUCUGACAGAACAAAGGUUGUACGUUUUCAGCCUCACACAUUGUUUAUUAAUCGGCUGGGGUGCAGUCUCUGUUUGCAGCAGUGUGAUUCUCAGCUAUCAACAUGGUUUCAUCCUUCUGAUCCUCCAAAAUCCUUUGGAUGGCAGUCCUAUGCUAAAGUUGAACUCUUGAAGUUGCGGGUUGAGGGGUACAAGUGGAGUAAUCCAUUUAGCAUUCACAAUGAAGGUAUGAUGCGAAUUUCCUUGAAAAAAGAUGGUGGAAAUGAUCCAUUGCAACUGAGGGUGGAAGUGAGGAGUGGAGCAAAGUGCUCCCGCUAUGAAGUUAUUUUCCGUCCCAACACAUCAUCUGGACCUUACAGGAUUGAAAACCGUUCUGUUUUCUUACCAAUGCGCUUCCGGCAAGCUGAUGGUACCAAUGAUUCCUGGAAGUUGCUUCUUCCUAACACAGCUGUUUCUUUUCUUUGGGAAGAUCUAGGUAGAAGGCGCCUAUUGGAACUUCUAAUAGAUGGUUCAGACUCAUCAAAAACAGACAAGUAUGACAUUGAUGAAAUUUCUGAUCAUCAACCUGUUUCUGUCACUGGUGGACCUUCUAAAGCUUUGCGUGUUACUGUAGUUAAAGAGGAGAAAAUCAAUGUUGUUCUUAUUAGAGAUUGGAUGCCAGAAAAUGAACCUGGAAGGUUUUUAAGUGGACGUCAUAUGUCACCUUUAUCAAAUCCUCCUAGAAUUGAUUUUUAUGGUUCAGAAUCUGCGUCUAUCUCAAACUGUGAGUAUCAUAUUAUUAUGGAAUUGGCUGAGCUUGGAAUAUCUCUUGUUGACCAUACACCAGAGGAGAUAUUAUAUUUGUCCGUGCAAAAUCUUCUUCUAGCAUAUUCCACAGGUCUGGACUCUGGUAUUAGUAGGUUGAAACUUAGAAUGUCUGGGGUACAGAUUGAUAACCAGUUGCCACUGACUCCAAUGCCUGUUCUUUUCAGACCCCAGAGGAUUGGGGAUGAGACUGAUUAUAUCUUGAAAUUUUCAAUGACAAUGCAAUCAAAUGGUUUAAUGGAUCUCUGUAUCUAUCCAUAUAUAGGCUUUCAUGGUCCUGAAAGUUAUGCCUUUUCAAUUAACAUUCAUGAACCAAUAAUUUGGCGCCUUCAUGAAAUGAUCCAGCUUGUUAAUCUCAGUAGAUUGCAUGAUACUGGAAGUACUGCUGUUUCAGUAGAUCCAGUUAUUCAGAUAAGAGUUCUUCAUAUAUCAGAAGUUCGAUUUAGACUCUCUAUGGCUAUGUCUCCCGGUCAACGGCCAAGAGGUGUUCUUGGAUUCUGGUCCUCGCUAAUGACUGCAUUGGGGAAUACCGAGAACAUGCCAAUUAGAAUAAAUCAAAGAUUUCGUGAGAAUAUCUGCAUGAGGCAGAGUUUGAUGGCCACUAAUGCUAUAUCAAGCAUUCGGAAGGAUCUCCUUAGCCAGCCUCUUCAGCUUCUCUCUGGUGUCGACAUACUGGGUAAUGCAAGUAGUGCACUUGGGCAUAUGAGUAAAGGUGUGGCUGCCUUAUCAAUGGACAAGAAGUUCAUACAAAGCCGUCAGAGACAGGAGAAUAAGGGUGUAGAAGAUUUGGGAGAUGUUAUCCGAGAAGGAGGUGGUGCUCUGGCCAAGGGCCUAUUCAGAGGAGUCACCGGUAUAUUAACAAAGCCUCUUGAAGGUGCAAAAACUUCUGGCGUUGAGGGGUUUGUUCAGGGUGUUGGGAAAGGCAUAAUAGGUGCAGCAGCCCAGCCAGUGAGUGGAGUUCUAGAUCUUCUAUCAAAAACUACAGAAGGUGCGAAUGCUGUGAGAAUGAAGAUAGCAUCUGCUAUUACUUCAGAUGAGCAACUUCUACGUAGGAGGCUGCCUCGUGUAAUCGGUGGUGAUAAUUUGCUUCGACCAUAUGACAACUAUAAAGCACAAGGACAGGUUAUAUUGCAGCUGGCAGAAUCAGGAUCCUUUUUUGGACAGGUUGAUUUAUUUAAAGUGCGUGGAAAGUUUGCGUUGUCAGAUGCUUAUGAAGAUCAUUUUUUACUUCCCAAAGGGAAAAUACUUGUUGUCACUCAUAGAAGAGUCAUGUUGAUGCAACAACCUUCCACCAUCAUUGCUCAGCGGAAGUUCAGCCCAGCUAAAGACCCAUGUUCAGUAUUGUGGGAUGUUCUGUGGGGUGACCUUGUGACAAUGGAAUUUUCACAGGGAAAGAAAGACCAUCCAAAAUCUCCCCCUUCUCGUCUCAUCCUUUACUUGCAAGCUCGACCAACAGAGUUGAAGGAGCAUGUUUAUGUUGUAAAAUGUAGUCGAGGCACUGACCAAGCUCUUCGAGUUUACUCCUCAAUUGAGCGUGCAAUGAACACCUAUGGACAAAAUCAAUCAAAGGAUAUAAUGCUAAUGAGAGUAAGGAAACCAUAUUCACCGAUUGCUGAUGGUGCUAUUGGUGACUACAUUCCAAAAGAAGGGACUGUUGACUGGUCUCCUCAGCAGGUUCCUGCAUCUGUUCCUUUCACUGUCACUUCUGCUUUCGGCAGCAGCAUUUAUUGAUCCAAUGCUUGCGAUGUUGAAACGAUUUUUACAAAGCUCUUCAUCGUGAGAAGAUGACAUUUGGGAAUUAGUAUCCCCUUACUUCCUUGCGGAAAGGUGAAGUACAUUGCUAAGAUCUCUGCUGCGAAAACUUCAUACUCUGAUUGAGACCUGAACAGUACUCAACCUCCAGGAUUCGGUUUGAUGAACUUAUUCUUUUAUAAUGAAGAAAUUUUGAACUCUGCGACAAUUAGCUUCAGGUUUCCAGAUAUUGUAUAGCCAUUUAACAACCCUUGUAUAGUUAGUUGCAUAUAAACGAUAAUAUACAUGUAUAUGUAUAACAGAUGAGACUCCAAAAGAAACAUUUUUUUCAUCUGAAUAAAGAGAUUUAAGUGAUGUUUGGCAUCAUCAAUUCAACCCAAUGCCAUACUUCUGUCCUUUUGAUGGAAGAAGUUGCUACAUCACUGACUAAACAAACACUAUUUGGGUUACUAAUCACAGUUCGAUUGGAGAAUGCCCAAGUGUUUUUUCUUUUUCUUUUUUGUUAUGUUCAAAGAACGGGAAGGUGAUUGAUUAUGCAAUUAACUAUGUGAAUGAGAAUGUGCGGACAGUGUGCAUACAUGAUGCAUGUGUUUAUACA